CUCCUCCCUCCGCCGCCGGUGCCGCCGCCAUGGAGGGGGGUGUGCAGCUGCGUGCGGGUGCCUCCAAGCGCGACAUCCGGCAGAAGGUGUGGGACUACCUGGAGGCCAGCGGCCUGGCCGAUGUCCCGCGGCCGGUUCACGGCCGCAUCCCCAACUUCAAGGGGUCUCACCAGGCUUGCUGCUCUAUUAGAGAGCUGGAUAUGUUCAUCAGAGCACGUGAGAUUAAAGUAGAUCCUGACAAACCUCUCGAAGGUGUUCGGCUAGCUGCGCUGCAGGCAAAGAAGACUUUGUUGGUUCCCGUGCCACGUCUGAGAAGUGGACUGUUCAAUAGGAUUGUUCCACCUCUAGGUGCAACUAAGGAGAUCCUGCGAAUAUGUGCUACAUCUCAAGGUAUAAAAGAAUACAGUGUGCCUGUAGGUCUUGAAGGGAAAGCACAAGUGGACUUGGUUGUUGUAGGAUCAGUGGCUGUCUCUGAAAAAGGCUGGAGAAUUGGAAAAGGGGAAGGUUAUGCAGACAUGGAGUAUGCGAUGAUGGUAUCAAUGGGUGCGGUGCAGGAGGAUACACCUGUAGUUACUAUUGUGCAUGACUGUCAGGUGGUUGACAUAGCAGAAGAACUUCUUGAUGAUCAUGAUUUAACUGUGGAUUAUAUACUCACUCCAACAAGAACUAUCAAGACCGAUUGCAAACGACCAAAGCCUCGGGGAAUAAUAUGGCAUAAGGUCACCUCUGAGAUGCUGGGAAAAAUCCCCAUCCUAAGGAGUCUUCACUACAAGGAGAAGCUGGCUGGCAAGGAUGUGACCCUCCAAGAUGCUCAUUCAGACUUGGCAAAUACCAAAAAGCCAGCAGCAUUAAAUCAGAGGGCAACGGCUGAAAAUAUAAGACAGCAGGCUGCUAUGGGCUCAGCCGAAAUAGGAAAACACUGUGUUGAAGGUGAUUCUUUAAGUCCCAGAUUAGAUGGAUCUGGCAGGAUUACUACCGUGUACCUGGGGAAUAUAUCUCCCAGUGUAAGAGUGAGCGAGCUGAAAUGUGCUUUAAGGGAAUUCCAUGUAACUCCUUUACGACUGAAUUGGCAAGGAGCACAGCACAGGGCUUUUCUCGAUUACAAGGAUAAACCAACCGCAGAGAGUGCUGUAUCCUCUUUGAAAGGCUUGAGCCUCGGGGGUUAUCCUUUACGAGUUGAGCUGGCCAAAAAUCAGAGAAGCAAAGGGCAAGUAGAAAUCAAUAGUCAGAAAUGAAUAUGAAUAGAGGGGGGGG